AAUUCAUAACUGCACAAACAUGCCCUGAGAAUAGGUGGAGCAGUUCCUAAGAAAUGAAAGUGGGGGAGUGACCUCCAAUAAAAAAAAAAAAAAACGUCCCAUCCUGAUAAAACAAAACGGACAUCGUCCCAGCUCAUCAGUUCCUCCCCAGCGCACCCUCGUUCGCACUAAAGCAGCAUUCCUCCUCCUCAUCAUGGCCGUGACCAAUCAACCGGGCAGGUAUCCCGCCUCUGAGUUCCAGACCGGCCUAUGCGACUUCUGCGACGAUUGCGGAACAUGCUGCUACGGCCUGUGGUGCUUCCCGUGCUUGAGCUGCACCAUCGCCGGCGACAUGGAUGAGUGCUGCCUGUGCGGCCUGAGCAUGGCCAUCCGCAGCGUCUACCGGACCCGCUACAAUAUUAAUGGUUCCCUGUUCAACGACUUCAUCGCCAACGCGUGCUGCCUAGUGUGUAGCACCUGCCAGCUCAAGCGGGACAUCGACCGGAGAAAGGAACAAGGCAUCUUCUGAAAAAGGAGCGCUUUGGCGCAAACCUCCUGACCUGGUCUUAUCAACUCUGAGAAGAUCUAAUCGUCUUUAUGAUUUGAUAUAGCCGGAUUUCAAUAAAAGACAUUUGAACUGGGA